AUGGUGAACGCGGAGCUUCUAAAGAAACACACCAGCGCAUAUAAGCUGACACGUGAUACUGCUGCCGAAUAUCAUAAACAGCUCUUCACACUUCACCCCGACCUGGCGAAGUACUAUGACGCUGAGGACAUUGAUCCCGAUAGAAUCCCUAAGGCUUCCUGCGUCAUAAAUGAUGAGCGUGACUGGCGCAGCGCUUUAGGCCAAAUCAAGGAAGCAUAUAGCGAUUUCAAUUUCCCUAUUUCGGAAUUUAACAAAGUCCCUGCUGCCUUUCUUGCCGCUAUGGAGAAGCAUGCUGGCGGUGUGCACUGA